AUGGAAGCAGAGGACGCCGCCCAGAGUCCCCCACGCAAAAAGCGAGGGGUUGCGGCAGCGGUACCGACGGGCCGGGACAAGAUGACUGUUGCUGCGGUGGUCAACGUGCCGCCGUCGCUCUCCUCUUCCUUUCCUGUGCCUCCCAAGUCGUGCGAACUCCAUACUACAGCAAAGUUGCGACCCGGGUCGAAGCGAGGUCGCGCCGAUAAGAGGCAGAGCUCAAUGGACGGUAACUGCCAGAGGAGCAGUCGACACCACACUGAGACAACAUUAGAGGACACCGCCGCACCUGCCUCCUCCACACCCUCCACGAGGACCAGGACGAAUCUGACGCUGAUGUACAACUUUGAAUCACCGCCUCUUCCUAGUCCGCCUUGUCGCAACUGGCAGGACGCGACGGCCUCUCCGGCGUCCCUUGUGGGGUCGAUAGCGACCCCCGCUCGUCGCAACGGUCUUGUGCUUACCUCUACUCCACCUUUUAUACGAGAGGAGCGGGCUAGGGCCGCCGAGGGUGACGCUGCGACUCACACCCCAUCAGCGUCGGUGAGCACGCCAAUGCGUCUGGUUCGAGUCGCGCGUGGGCUGCUGUCACCGGCCAGUACGACCAUCCGACGACGUCUUACUCACCUCCGGCGGUCUGCGGUGGGCGCAACUAGGUUCGGGCAAGGGCUGCAACGACAGCAGCAGACCGCCGCCAGCAGUGCUUCCCCUCCCUUGUCAUCGCCAUGGGGACGACUGAGCACAAUCAUGCCUGCCAGUCAUUCUUUCCCCUCCUGCAUGGGGGAGGGCAGUUAUGGCGAUAAUGCUUCGGUGAAAGCAGUGUCAAGGCGCAGCGGUCUUGCAUCAUCAUCCGAGCCCCUUUCCGAUGCGGUCGAGCUGUCUUCCAUUCCGGCCAACCAACGAUUCUCGGUGUCAGUGUCUGAUACGUGGCGGCGCGGCGGCCAUGACGCCGAGCUCCCUGAGCUUCUCCGUCCCACCAUCCAGCUUGGCUCGGUUGUACUCGACGACAGUAGUGGUGACGCUAUCACCACGUCGUUGUCUCGCCGGUCCUCUCCGACUGUUACGGCCGUAGACGAGGUGCGCGGGGUCUCACGGCUUCAGCGACGUCGCAGAGUGGAUGAUGAUCUAAGGGCGAUGAGUGGCCGUGGUGACACUGCAGCUCUUUGUGGGCCAUACGAUGUGCGGUUUGCACAGGUGUCCUCACUGAGCGAGUCUCUGGCGGAUAUUGUGUCUUCCUCACGCAGUACUGCACACUCGAGCUUGACAUCCGCCACCGCAACUUCUGCACCGGGCGCCGCCGGACAGGCCCGGAUCUCUUCUGCUGGACGUGACCGCGCAGGAGAUACGGAGAACGAGUGCCUGCCACGCCGCAGUGCCACCAUGGUGGACCUCAACCUCUCUUCCAUCCUGCCGGAUGAGGAGGAGUUAGCCAUACGGCGGCGGCUUCAGCGCAGCCGAAACUGUCAAGCGCCGCACGCUCAACGCGAUCGCGAUAUCCAUGGGGCCAAUGUGGCGGCGCUAGAGCCGGUGCGACGGCACCCAGUAGCGACUCGUGCGUGUGCCAGCAACGUCAUGGAGCUAUUCGUGACCAAUGCCCCACCACUUGCGCCUCUGGGUCAGCAGCUGCCACUGCGGCCGGAGGUGAGGCGCCUCGCAUCAUCACGGUGCGCAUCUGGUAACUCUGCGUCAGGCGCUGGCGGAAUGGCUGCAGUCGCUUCUGAGCAUCAAAGCCCCGCCUCGCAUGCACACGCGGCACGUGUGUGGCCACCGGAACCGCGGCACCCAUUCACGUCGCCCAUGUCGUCGGUGUCUUCGUGGCGCACCGUGGCGCUUGUGUCCCGACGCACUGUUGCUCUCCUGUCAGCGCUGGUGUGCGUGUGGUGUGUGGUGGCAGUAGUGUCGCCCCUUGUGGCACUGCAGCCUCGCUACGCUUUCUCCGCAGUGGCACGCGUCGACUCGGCCGCCGCUGAGACACAUUUUGUGCAAAUACAUACGAACUCAGUCGCAGAGUUGCAAGCACUGUACCAGAUUGCACCCGCCUCGCUCAGCGCGGACGCGGUGAUGCGGCUGCACCAUCGGACACUCAGUGAGGGGGUGGAGCGACUGGAGAGGGCGACGCAGCACCUGGUGUCCGAUGACAGCGCACCGCCGUUGCGGCGCCUGUUCUACUUGCGAGCGAUGAUUCGAGCCUAUCUUGUCAUGUCACGGAACUGCGAGCUGUACGCGCGUAGCCGCGACGGAAGUCGAUGGCGGCGCUAUGUCGUCUAUCCCCUCGCGGAUAUGAAGCGCUACGGUGUGCAUCGAUUCGGCACCUUUGUAGGUUCAUCUACUCUCAACCCCGGCGCUGCGGCUGCGUGGUGGGACCGAGUGUGGACUACUGUGAUGUGCAGUGCCCAGUCUGAGGUGCUAGCGUGCCCCUCUGUGUUGUACGUCGAGGAGGCUAUGGCCCGUGACGCUGCACAGUUUAUGUACACGGACGUCAACGAAGCAUACGAGUCUCCACAGCGGAAGCGCAAGCUGAAGGAGUGGCGAAUGUGCCUGCACCGUGACUGGAGGAGCGAGGUGUACCUGGAGACGCUGCUAAGCUACAUUCGGAGCGGCGUACAGGGGUUGACACGGGACUACAACAGGUAA